UGCACGAUUGACUUACUCUGGCGUUACUCACAGAAGCGGAGAAUGAAAACUUGGGACUCGUGGACGCCCAGCUAAAAGGGGACACUUUCUUUUGUGUCGUUACUGUAUAAAAAGAACCUCAGCUGUGCGCAUUAAAAAAAACCCCACCAGGCAUCAUGUGGAAAUGUUACCAGCCGCAACACAGAGAAGCGGGCAGCUCCGGGAUCAGCACCAAUCCCGGGAGACAUGACAGAAUAAUUUUUAUUUCAACAGGCGAGUGAAAUUGAAAACGUCAACAUGACAAUCACGGUGGAAGAUCCAGCUACGAAGAUCCAAGAAAGGUUUAAUUGUGAACCAGAUGUUCCUUUGCCUCCUAAAGCACCACGGCCAAGAUAUAGAUCCAGAGACAAUAAAGGACCCAAAGCAAAAAUCAACAUGCGUUCUCCUUCUGGAUUUUUCAUUAUAUUAGGGCUGUUUAUCGUCAUGGUGGGGAUUGCUAUUGCAGUUGUCGGCUACUGGCCACAUAAGCACAAUUCUCGAAUGUCAGCAAAUCGUGCAGGUACGAACAGUAGUAGAUUGAGUGUUGAGAACCAACAUGCGAGACUGAAGCUUCAGUCUCAACCUGGGCUCAAGCAUGAGAAGCUGAAGUUGAUUGGCCCAUUGAUUAUGGGAUUUGGGUUGUUCAUUUUCAUUUGUGCAAACACAGUAUUGCAAGAAAACCGAGAUAGAGAAACCAAACUUUUAGCACAAAGAAAUAUCUAUGCUCUUGCUGGCCAAGUCUGCAAUGGAGAGAAUAAAGAACCAAAACAGAUUCAACACAGUCCUAGUCCAACCUCCACAGAUGCCAACUUUCAAUAUUUGGAGCAGUACUGUACUACUGAAAAAACCUGCAGGGCAAAACAAGGCCAAGCAGAGAUAUGGGCCGAUUGUCACAUGUCUGUCAAACGGAAGAUUACUGCCCAGCUGCUGCAUCACAAAAGACCUUCUCCUUCUAUCUCUCUUCACAGUGUCCAGUCAGACUCUUGCAACUCCAGUGAAAGGAACCUCAAUGUCCCCUUGAACUGCACUAUUGAUGCCUUGGUUUCUGCAUCUGUAGUGUUACCGGUUAUUAAACUUAACAAUUGCAUCAUAGAUACUCCUGAUAUUGCUGCGGUGAUGCAAGAUGUUGAACUAGACCAGAAAAUUGUCAUGGUUUCCACUGAAGAUGUAAGCCAGCUGCAGAACUAUGGUUACGUUCGGUCCAGCAGUAUCCGCAGUGCCGAUGAUGCUUCUCAGCUUGUGGACAUGGACUAUUCCCUGCCCGGUAAAUCAUUCUCCACCAGGUUCAUUGGAAAGUUGUUGUCUCCAGGCAUCACCAGGAAAGUGUAUGGUUCAGACAUGCAACUGCACACGACAUGUGCUUACUCCAAAUCAUUUGACCUAGGGAAGGAUAUGAGUCAGCUCAGUAAACACCAGGUCGAGCAAAAACACAGGAGCUGGCCACGUUUGGAAUGCAGUUACAUUAAAAAGUAUCUGAGACUGGAAAACAGAGAAGACUCUGUGGACAGAUUACUUGAACAGAUUGAGCGUGAGUAUGCCACUGAAGAACAAAACUUUCAGGAACUCGGCACCCCAGAGGAAUGAGAGAAAUAAAGACUAUUGUAAAUUAGAAAUGUAUUGUACUUCUUAAAAUAUAUUCUUCAGGUAGCCUUCUCCAAGAAACCACCUUGAUUGCAGACAGUUGAAAAUAUUCUUGGCUGACAGGAAGUUAAUGUCCUUUUUUUGAUUGUAGUUGCAAUUAAUGUCAACACAGUAUGGAGCUGGAGGAACGCAGCAAGUCAGGCAGCAUUAGAGGAGCAGGAAAGUGGACAUUUCGGGUCGGGACCCUUCACUUUCCAGCUCCUCUGCUGCCAACCUGCUGUGUUCCUCCAGUUUCACACUGUGUUGACCCUGACUCCAGCAUCUGCAGUUUUUGCUGUCUCAUGGUUGCAGUUAAGUCGUCUUUUAUUUGAUUGACCAUAACAGCCUAUGUAUUUCUACAGACUUCUAAGGUUCUGGGAAACCAUUGUGUUUACAGGAUUGGUACUGCAGCUAAAACCAGCACUCAGUUCUUAUCUGUUAGAGAGAUUGAAAUGAUUCUCUGGCUUUCUAGAAAAUAACUCUCCUAUUUAUUGCUCAACAGAAUGUUUGUCUGACCCUCUGAAUACUUGUCCACCAUGGGGAAACUUCGAACUAGGAGAUUUGAUUCUGAAAGUAUGUUCCUUAAAACUAGUAUGUGAAGGAAGGGUGGUGAAUGUCAGGAAUUUUCUACUCGAGAGAGUUGUGGAGGCUAGAUCACUGAAGACGUGGGGGGAUAUUUGAAAUAAGGAGCUGACGGCUAUGAGAAGCUGACAUGCAAGAUGAAUUGAGGUCUAGGGCUCAAUGAUCCUGUUGAAUGACAGGGUAGGCGUUUGAAGGGCUGAAUGGCCUAUUCCUGUUCCUUAUGUUUUCAUUGUAGUAGGACCUCUUCCCUGUGAAUCUUGCUCCUAUUCCCAUAUGAUUGUUCAGGAAUGGGCCAAGACAGCCUUCUUCCCACUAGCACUUGGUAACAUUUCCACAUGGAUAGGGUGAGCUCCCAUUUUGUGCGGAUGACUUGUCCCUGUGCCCAUCUCCUUUGAUUCCUCCAAUGUUGCUUGUCCCUAGCUGCAUGAGGUAGUGGUUAGAUUGUCUCUUAUUGGAGAUGUUCAUUGCAUAAUACAAAUGCAAUUAAAUGUUACUUUUCACUUCUUAAGAAGGGUCACUGGACCCGAAACAUUAACUUUGAUUUUUUUUUCUCAGAUGCUGCCAAACCUGCUGACCGUUUCCAACAACAUCUGAUUUAAAUCAUCCAAAGUUCUUUAUCGUUUUACUUUCCACUUGUCAGCCCAAGCCUGGAUAUUGUCCAGGUCUUGUUGAUUCAAACAUAGAUUUAUUGAGCAUGUGAGAAGUCACAUAUGGUGCUGAACAUUGUGCAAUCAUCGGCAAACAUCCCCACCUCAGACUUUAUGAUAGAAGGAAAUUCAUUGAUGAGGUGACUGAAAAUGGUUGGAGCUAGGACACUACCCUGAGGAACUCAUGUGGAGAUGUCCUGGAGGUGAGAAGACUGACCUCCAACAACCUCAACCAUAUUCCAAUAUGCCAGGCAUGACUCCAACCAGUGAAGAGUUUGCCCUGUGAUACCCAUUAAUUACAGUUUAGUUUGGUAUCCUUGAAGCCACACUCGGUCAAAUGCAGCCUAAAUGUCACUCUCACCUCAGCUCUUUUGUCCAUGUUUGAACCAAGGCUGUAAUGAGGUGAGGAGCUGAGCGGCCCUGACGGAACCCAAACUGGGCAUCGCUGAGCAGGUUAUUGCUGAGCAGGUGCUGCUUGAUAGCACUGUUACUGACACCUUCCAUCACUUUACUGAUGAUCGAGAGCAGACUGACAGGGCGGUAAUUGGCUUGGUUGGAUUUGUCCUGAUUUUUACGUACAGGACAUACUUGGACAAUUUUCCACAUUAUUGGGUCGAUGCCAGUGUUGUAAACAGAUAAUUAUUUGAUGAAGGAGAACUGUAAAAAUAUGGAAUUUAAAAUAUGCAAGUCCUCAUGGUGCCAUAUUUUUCCAGUUCUCCUUCAAGUAUCUGUUUAUUUCUGUUUAAAAUAUCUGUUUAUAUUGUCUUAUGAUUUCAGCUUAGUGUAGAGGGACACAAUUGCUGGGAUGGUACAUAGCUAUUUAUUCAGCCAAAAAAAUCCUCAGGUGAUUAGUGUGGAGUUUGCGUGUUCUCCCUAUAUCAGCAUUGGUUUCCUCCAGGUGCUCUGAUUUCCUUCAGGUGUACAAAGAUUUGCAGGUUAUUUGGACUGGCCAUGGUAAGUGUAGGGAAUAAGGUCGGGGCCUAGGUCCAGUGGGAUGCUCUUUGAAGAGUUGCCACAGACCUGAUGAGCCAAAUGGCCUCUUCCAACAUUGUAGGAAUUCUAUGAUUCUGAGUGGUUAUAGAGAGAAACUAUUUCUAUGAUUCUAUGACACUGCCUUUUAAACAAUCAUAGUCUGAUGUUUAAAACAAUAAACAAAAUCCUUCUCUAAUGGACUAGAAAAUGAGCAUGAUCCUGUAUCCAAUCAGGUAGACUACCUCAACUGAAUCUGUUGGUUACUUAGCGCAGCUUGGGCACAGUUCGAAACAAUAUCUACAUUUUAAACAAGCUCCAGCAGUUUUACCCAACAUUUGGUGUGAGCCUGUCAUGAUCACCUAUUCAAACUAUUGCCAAACCAAAUAUUGUUUGGGCCGAGAACAGGACAGCAACAGGUUACUAUGUUUUGUGUUAUUGCCUUUGAAAGAGGAGCCUUUGAAAGUGUGUGAGAAUUGAUUAAAAUUUCAGUUGCAGACGUGCACCACUCAAGUCUUCUGUUAGCAUUUCAAUAUCCUGUUGCUAUAUGAUAAUCUGUCGUGAAGCUGACAGUAAGUAACAGGCUUCAGUAUUUAUAACUUGUUUAUAUGUAAUGACAUUACUUUUAUUCUCACUUAAUAAAAAUAGAAGUGAGAGAUGAAUUGUAGCAAGGGAUUUAUUAUUCCUAAAAAUUGAUCAAUAUCUUCCCUGCCUUUGGAACUUUUGGUACAGAAUGGUGGUAAUUAUAAUUAUGGCACCCAUUCUAAGUGUAGAAAUGUGUUGUGGGGU